AUGGGCAAGGAGCGCAUCCUCACGUGGCUCGUCCGCCGCCUCGUCUCGCCACAAGACCGCGAAGAGCAAGGCUACCCCCCCUACGGCACUGAUCCCCUCACCGACAAGCUCCUCGUCUUCCGCUCCCUCACCGGCAUUGACACGGUUCCAGCCCUUCGGUCCGGGCACUCGGCGCGCACCGCCCCCAACAUUGGCCUCUACACCCGCGUCGUCCGCUCGGAGCGGUCCGCCGCGCGCAAUUACCGCAUCUUCAACUUCCUCAUCAACACGUGUCUGGGCAUCCAGGUCGUCGUCGCCGCCAUCCUCACCUCGCUCGGCGCCGCCGACGGUCCCCGCGCUGCCAUCACCGGCUUCGGCGCCAUCAACACAAUCAUUGCCGGCGUGCUCACCUAUCUCAAGGGAUCCGGCCUGCCCAACCGCCUCAAAUACCACGAGAACGAGUGGAAGGCAGUGAGGAGUAUAUUGAGCAGCGCGAGCGCGAGUUCUGCCUUGCGGACUGCCACCUCGAUGUUCAUGACGAGGCCAGCAUCGUCGAGGACAUGUACCAGACGGUCAAGAUGGAGUUAG